ACCAGGAUAAGUCCGGAUCGUGGCGGCCCCAAUCCAUGGCGGAGCGAUCCCUAUAAGGAAAAAUUAUAUUUCCUUAUUGUAUGUUAUAUUGACGCCCUGUCAAUGGUGUGAUCCAUCGGUCAUCGCUCCUCUUCCGCGUUUUCCGUCAACAAACAAGAAAUUGAAAUGGGGCAAGCAUUUGGUUGCGUUCAAGUGGAUCAGUCAACUGUUGCCGUCAAAGAAACUUUUGGAAAAUUUGAUGAGAUUCUUGAUCCUGGGUGUCACUUCUUGCCUUGGUGUAUAGGGCAGCAAAUUGCUGGUUAUCUUUCAUUGCGCGUGCAGCAACUUGAUGUGCGCUGUGAAACCAAGACAAAGGAUAAUGUGUUCGUCACAGUUGUUGCAUCAGUUCAAUACCGUGCUUUGGCAGAGAAGGCAUCAGAUGCUUUUUACAGACUCAGCAACACCAGAGGGCAAAUUCAAUCCUACGUCUUUGAUGUCAUCAGGGCCAGCGUUCCUAAGCUGAACUUGGAUGAUGCAUUUGAACAGAAGAAUGAAAUUGCCAAAGCUGUAGAAGAUGAACUUGAAAAGGCGAUGUCAAUGUACGGCUAUGAGAUUGUUCAAACACUGAUAGUGGAUAUUGAACCCGACGAGCAUGUUAAGAGAGCAAUGAAUGAGAUCAAUGCAGCUGCUAGGCUGAGGAUGGCUGCGAAUGAGAAAGCUGAAGCUGAAAAGAUACUGCAGAUCAAACGGGCAGAAGGUGAUGCUGAAUCUAAGUACUUAGCAGGGUUAGGUAUAGCACGGCAACGACAGGCCAUUGUCGACGGUCUGAGAGACAGUGUGAUUGCCUUCUCGGUGAAUGUGCCAGGAACAACAGCUAAAGAUGUCAUGGAUAUGGUUCUAGUGACACAGUACUUUGAUACCAUGAAGGAGAUUGGAGCAUCUUCAAAGUCCUCUUCUGUGUUCAUCCCACAUGGUCCUGGAGCUGUGAGAGACAUUGCCAGUCAAAUCAGGGAUGGUCUUCUCCAAGCCAACGUUCUCGACUGAGAGAAAUGGUUCUAUCUUAGAUGACCUUGCUUUGAUUUCGCCUAAUUAAGACUUUGCAAAGCUGGUACUUGCUUCAAAUAAGAAGGCUCUUGGGUGUUGCUGUGAUCCAUAUGCGUACAAAUUAUAUUGUUAGUGUCUAUAUGGAGAAUAUAUUUACUGAUGUAUGCAUCUAUUAUUAUGAUGUAAAUCUUAAUUUGGGGUUCGCAAGGAUAACUGCAAUUUGUUUAUCUAUGUUAAAUAUUAAAAAUAAAUAAGUUUAAUCAA